AUUAAUAACAAGUUAAAUAAAAUAUAAAAUACUAAAUAACAAGUUAAAUAAAAUAUCUGAAUAUUACAUAGAAGAGACCUCAGUGUUUAAUAUGCACAGAAAAGGUAAACUUUUAUUGAACAGCCUACUUUAGCUCAAUCAAAGAAAUGACCUUAGCACGUGGUAAUUUCAGAGGCGAGCCCACAUUCGAGAAAACAUCAAAUGAUCAUGUCGUAGAGCAACCCUGAAAAACCUGCUAGAAACGAUAAUAUUAUUCAGUUGAUUUGCGUAUCACAAUUCUAGAAGAAUGUGAUACAAAACAAGCCUCCACGAUCGACCAAUCAACGAUCAGGAUAUCGAUAGUUGAUUUUGAUGCGGUGAUAUUUAAGCGGGAUACUCCUGUGAUUAUGAACCACUAAAAACAAAACUUUGACUAACUGCACUUGAGGUUCUACGGACAUUUAAAAUGACCACAUAUACGGAUAAAGGACCAAAGCCUUUGGGUGGAAAGUUUGUAUGCUUUGAUCAUAUUAAAUUUUGGGUUGGAAAUGCAAAACAGGCUGCCAGUUACUAUUGUGCUAGGCUGGGUUUUGAACCUCUGGGUUAUCGCGGUUUAGAAACUGGCUCAAGACAAGUUGCAGCUCAUGUUGUGAAACAAAAUCAGAUUAUUUUUGUAUUUGAAUCAGCCUAUGAACCUGAUAACAAAGAGAUGGCAAAUCACCUUUCACGACAUGGUGAUGGUGUCCGCGAUAUUGCCCUGAACGUUGAAGAUAUAGAGAUCAUUGUGAAAAUCGCGAAAGAGAGAGGUGCAAAAAUAGUGAAAGAUAUAUGGGAAGAAAAGGAUGAAUAUGGUACUGUGAAAUUUGCUACAAUAAAAACUUAUGGAGAUACAUAUCAUACCCUCAUAGAUAGAUCAAAAUAUAAAGGAUUCUUUCUGCCAGGAUAUAAAAAGCAAGAAAAAGAUUCGUUUUUGAAGAGUUUACCGAAAAUUGGAUUAAAUUUCGUAGAUCAUAUUGUUGGUAAUCAACCUGAUAAAGAAAUGGAACCUGUUGCAAAAUGGUAUGAACGAUGUCUGCAGUUUCAUCGAUUCUGGUCGGUAGAUGAUACUCAACUGCAUACAGAAUAUUCUGCUUUACGCUCUAUUGUAAUGACAAAUUGGGAAGAAACAGUGAAAAUGCCUAUUAAUGAGCCUGCUCCUGGCAAGAAACGUUCUCAAAUACAAGAAUACGUAGAAUACUAUGGAGGAGCAGGAGUACAACACAUUGCUCUUAAUACAAAUGAUAUAGUUACAGCUAUACAAAAUUUACGAGCUAGGGGCGUGGAAUUCCUGGAUGUACCGGAUAGUUACUAUGAUAUGUUAAGAAAUCGUUUGAAGAACAGUGGGGUAAAAAUUAUAGAAGAUCUUAAUAUACUUCAGAAAUUGAAAAUUUUAAUUGACUAUGACGAAAACGGAUAUCUUUUACAAAUAUUUACUAAAAACAUGCAAGAUCGUCCAACUCUUUUCAUAGAAGUAAUUCAAAGGCACAAUCACAAUGGGUUUGGAGCUGGAAAUUUCCAAGCAUUAUUUGAAGCUAUUGAGAUGGAACAAGCUAAACGUGGCAAUUUAUAAUGAAGUGUAAAUUAUAAUUAAAUAAUCGCGUUAAGGCUACAUAAAAAUAUGUAUAGUUAUUGCAUUUACUAAUUUUAUAUAAUAAAUUGAUAUUAUAAUAAGUUUAAUAUGGAAAUACUUUCCAUUACUUUCAAUUUAUAUUUAAAAUUUUUUUAUAUUGCUUAUCGCAGAAUGGAAGCUAAUAUCACAUUAUUAAGUUUGGAUGUUGUAUUUAAUGGCCAGUAUCUAUUUUACAAAAAUACAUACAGCAUAAGGAGAAAAUAUGUAAUACAAUUCAAAGCACAAUCAAUUGAUCAU